AUGGAGACAAUUAUCUACCAUUUCCCUUUUGGCUUACUGUUACUAUGCAUUCUUUCAGCUUCCAUAGCCAUUUCCGCGACCAAUAUUACCACUGAUCAAUUUGCUCUUCUUUCCUUGAGAGCUCAGAUCACCACUACAGAUCCUCACCACAUCUUGGCCAAAAAUUGGUCUUCUGGUUCUUCUAUAUGUGAGUGGAUUGGAGUCACUUGUGGCUCUCGUCAUCGUAGAGUGAUUGGCUUAAACAUUUCAAACAUGGGUCUUACCGGCAUCAUCCCUCCACAACUGGGAAAUCUGUCAUUUCUUGUGUCUCUUGACGUGAGCACUAACAAUUUCCAUGGCGAAGUACCACAUGAGUUUGCAGGGUUGCAUCGAUUACGAGUGCUUAAUCUUGAUGUCAACAACUUGGAGGGAUAUUUUCCUCCCUGGAUUGACUCCUUUCAUGAACUUCAAUACCUGACCCUCAGAAACAACAGCUUCACCGGUCCUAUCCUGCCUUCCAUCUCAAACAUGUCAAAGCUAGUGACUUUACGUCUUUCGAACAACACCCUGCAAGGAAACAUUCCCAAAGAGCUAUUCAAUAUUUCCUCGCUGGAAAUUAUUGACCUCAAGGGAAAUAGCCUCUCUGGUAGUAUUCCAGAUAGUGUGUGUGACCGUCUUGGGAGUCUGAUAGAGCUUGACUUAUCCUUCAAUCAAUUAAAUGGUCACAUUCCAUCAAGUUUAGGUGAAUGUUCACAACUUCAAAUGUUGUCCUUGUCUGGCAACCACUUUAUAAGUGGAUACAUACCCAAGGAACUUGGGAACUUGAAGAUGCUUCACAGUCUAGAUUUGGCAGGGAACAGAUUAGAAGGUGCGAUUCCAAAAGGAAUUGGUAAUGCAACUAUGCUCAAGUCGCUAAAUUUUGAUUACAACAACAUAACAGGUGCAACUCCAAAAGAAAUUGGUAAUGCAACUCUGCUUAGAUACCUAAACUUUGGUCAUAACAACAUAACAGGUGCCAUACCACGAGAGAUCAGCAACUUACAUAAUCUGGAAUUUCUCUCAUUUGAGAUGAAUAAAUUAACUGGUUCUAUCCCUGUGGAGAUAUUCAAUCUCUCAAUGAUGAGAAUUUUUGGAUUUGGAAUGAAUCAACUUUCAGGCAAUCUUCCAUCAACAAUGUGUCGUAUGCUUCCCAAUUUAGAACAACUUUAUCUCGAGAUCAAUAACUUUACUGGUUCUAUCCCCAACUCAAUCUCGAAUUCUUCUAGACUUAAUCUCAUAGAACUCUCUCAUAACUUUUUCACCGGUUUUAUUCCUCACUCCCUUGGAGAACUAAGAUUUCUUGAAGUUCUGAACCUAUGUAGCAACAAUUUGGUGAGUGACUCUUCAUCUCCAGAAUUGGGUUUCAUCACUUUGAUGACAAAUAGUGAGCGUUUGACAAUGUUAGAGAUGUGUGAAAACCCAUUCAAUGCCACUCUUCCAAAUUCUGCUUGGAAUCAUUCUUCCCCCCUUCAAUAUUUAUAUGUAUACAGUAGUGGAAUCAAAGGCAGCAUUCCUGAUGGAAUUGGCAAUUUGAGCAGUUUGGUUACACUAAGUAUGAAAAAUAAUCAUUUGACCGGAUCAUUCCCAGAUAGAAUGCAAGACUUGCAAAAACUUCAAGGAGUAGACCUUUUAAGGAACAAACUAAGCGAAAUCACCCUGAAUUCCUUUUGUGUUUUCCGAUACUUGGUGGGAAUACACCUGGAUGAAAAUCAAAUUUCAGGAUCAAUUCCAGAGUGCUUGGGAAAUGUUACUUCUUUGAGAGAUCUUUCUCUAGGUUUCAACAGAUUAAACUCUACUAUACCAGCAACCUUAUGGCAGCUAAAAGAUCUCGUGGAGCUGAAUCUCUCCUCAAAUUUGCUGAGUGGUUCUCUGCCUCCGGAAGUGAGUAGCUUAAAGAUUGCAACAGCAAUAGAUUUGUCAAUGAAUCGCUUCUCAGGUGACAUUCCUACCACAAUUGGAAAAAUGCAGAACUUGAAUUAUCUUUCUUUAUCACACAACAGAUUGCAUGGAUCAAUUCCAGAGUCAAUUGGUACUAUGUUGAGCUUGCAGUCUUUGGAUAUAUCACACAACCUCCUCUCUGGUUCGAUUCCGAGAUCCAUGGAGACCCUUGAGUAUCUUACAUACUUGAACGUCUCUUUUAACAAUUUAACUGGUGAAAUUCCUUCUGGAGGCCCUUUUAGAAACUUCACCUCUGAUGCCUUCAUUUCCAAUGCAGCGCUAUGUGGAGCUCAAAGGUUCCAUGUCCCCCCAUGCCCAAGAAUUCCAUCUCAUAGAUCAAAAACCAAAAAGGUGCAUCGAACCAUUUUUAUCUUACUAGGGGUAAUAAUAGCAAUGGGUGCGAUAUCCUUUGGAUUUGUUUACCUAAGAUGCCGAAGGAAGGAUAAACUUUCCAGUGGAGAAGAUUUAUCCUUAGUUGCAAGACCAGAAAGACUUUCAUAUUUCAAGCUUCUACAAGCUACUAAUGGGUACAGUGAAAGCAAUUUGCUAGGAACAGGAAGCUUUGGAUCUGUUUAUAAAGGUACUCUUGACGAUGGGAGGGUAGUGGCUGUAAAAGUGUUCAAUUUAGAGCUAGAAGGCGCAUUCAAGAGCUUCGAUGCAGAAUGUGAAGUAUUGCGUAAUCUUCGCCAUCGGAACCUCACAAAAGUCAUUGGUAGUUGCUCUAACCCUGACUUUAAGGCAUUAGUGCUCGAGUUCAUGCCUAAUGGAAGCCUUGAGAAGUGGUUGUGUUCCCACAAUGAUUGUCUUGACAUCAUGCAAAGAUUGGACAUAUUGAUUGAUGUGGCAACUGCAUUGCAAUAUCUGCACUGUGAGUAUUCUACUCCAGUAGCUCAUUGUGACUUGAAGCCUGGAAAUGUCCUGCUAGAUGAAACUAUGGUCGCCCAUGUCAGUGACUUUGGUAUUGCAAAGCUGUUGGGCCAGGACAACAUUACAUUCACCAAAACACUAGCCACACUUGGUUAUCUUGCACCAGAGUAUGGAUUGGAAGGAUUAGUAUCAACAAAGUGUGAUGUUUAUAGUUUUGGAAUUAUGAUGAUGGAAGUCUUCACAAGAACAAAUCCCAAUGAUGAAAGGUUUGGUGAAAAGAUAAGCCUGAAGAGUUGGGUGAAUGAUUGUGUGCCUAAUGGUAUAACUCAUAUUCUAGAUGCUAAUUUGCUAAGGGCCAAUGAUGGAGAAUACUUCAUUGAGAAGCUGGAUUGCAUUUCAUCCAUGAUGAAAGUGGCUUUAAAUUGCACAAUGGAGUCCCCAAGAGAGAGAAGCAAUAUUCAAGAUGUUCUUGUAGCAUUGAAGAAGAUCAAACUUCAGCUACUGCCAUAUAAAGGCCCUUGA